AUGCACUACUCUCUGAUCGGCAGACACCACUCGUGUCAGUGCGAUCACCACUAUCACACUGUCAGUCCUUGCGAAUCCUAUCCUGUCAGCACAUACUGCCAGAAAUAUAGCAUCACCAUAUCCGAAGAGAGCGCGGCGCUUGAGAAAGCACAGAUCAGCACUGCAGAGCUCGCUCACAACGUCUCGCUGAUAGAUGGAGACUCCGUAGUGCAUCAUGGUCCACUCAGCUGCAAGAGUUGUCUGCUGAUCCGAGCCGGAUAG